CGAGCGCACUUGCACGAGCACGGCGAUUCCAGCGGCUGACGCGCGCACGUUCGUCAGAGUUGAGGCACCCCAAGUGCUCGCUGGCUCACUCGCUCGUUCAGUCCUUCGGUGCGACUCGGCUGUUGGCGGUGGCCCGCUCGGAGAUCUCCUUUCCCGGCAGAAUGAUUUCGCGCUGGCGGCGUCGUCGUCGCCAUCGGACGGCCUCGACUCGGCUUCCGGGGGGCUCCCGCUUCCGUUCCCGCUCGUGCUCCUGCGGCCGGGAAUGAAGCGCGCGUGUGCGUGCGCGUGUCGGCGCGCGUCGGUGGCCGCGGCGGUGCUGCUGUGGCUCGGGGCGCUCGUUUACCUCCUGGUGCUCAGCCGGAGCCAGAGCCACAACCAGAGCCGGAGCAGGCUGCCCGAGCUCGGAGCCGGAACCGCCAAGCAGAUGUCGGAGGCGGAGUGGGACGAGCUGCUGGACGGCUUCGACGAGCGCGGCUACCUGAGCGCCCGGCGCUGGCGACCCGGCGACGACCCCUACGCGCUCUACGCCUUCAACCAGCGCGAGAGCGAGCGCGUCCCCAGCAACCGAGCGCUCAGCGACACGCGGCACCACAGGUGCGGCGCCGCGCGCUACGACGACAACCUCCCUCCGGCUUCCAUCAUCAUCACCUUUCACAACGAGGCCCGCUCCGCCCUGCUGCGCACCGUCAGGAGUGUGUUAAACAGAACUCCGGUCCAUCUCAUCCACGAGAUCAUUCUGGUAGACGACUUCAGCGACGACGGGAGCGACUGUCAGCUUCUCACCAAACUGCCCAAAGUCAAAUGCCUACACAACAGCAAGAGAGAAGGUCUGAUCCGGUCCAGAGUGGGCGGAGCCGACGCGGCGGGUGCCAAGGUCCUGGCCUUCCUGGACAGUCACUGUGAGGUCAACAAGGACUGGCUGCCUCCCCUGCUUCACAGGAUCAAACAGGACCCCACCAGGGUGGUGAGCCCCAUCAUUGACGUCAUCAACAUGGACACCUUUGCCUACGUGGCGGCCUCCGCUGACCUACGAGGAGGUUUUGACUGGAGUCUUCAUUUCAAAUGGGAGGGGCUCUCGCCCGAGGAGAGGGACAGCCGCGUCGACCCCACCCAGCCCAUUAAGACGCCCAUCAUCGCCGGCGGCCUCUUUGUCAUCGACGCCUGGUGGUUCAAGCACCUGGGCAAGUACGACACGGCCAUGGACAUUUGGGGCGGGGAAAACUUUGAGAUCUCCUUCCGGGUUUGGCAGUGCGGCGGAAGCUUGGAGAUCAUUCCGUGCAGCCGCGUGGGUCACGUCUUCCGGAAGAAACACCCCUACGUUUUCCCAGAAGGAAACACCAACACAUACAUCAAGAACACGCGGCGCACGGCUGAAGUUUGGAUGGACGACUUCCGCCUCUUCUACUACUCGGCUCGCCCGGCUGCGCGAGGAAAAUCCUACGGAGACAUCCGUGGACGCGUGGAGCUCCGACGCUCACUCAAGUGCAAACCCUUCAAGUGGUACCUGGAACACGUCUAUCCGCAACUCAAGAUUCCCGACGACUCGGACCGCCAGUCGGGUUCCAUCCGCCAGAGGCGCAACUGCAUGGUGUCUCGACGCGGGGACGACCGGGAGACGCCCGUCCUGGCGAUGGCGCCGUGCGCCGAUGGCGCUGGCGAACAGGAGUGGACGUACACGGCGGGUCGGCAGAUCCGCCAGCGACGCGACGGCAACAAGUGCGUGUCGGUCACCGCCACCUUCCCGGCGUCGCAGAUCUUGCUGCUGCCCUGCGACCUCAGAGACGCUAAGCAGCGCUGGCAGAAGUCGGGCACCCACCUGGAACACGUGGCGUCUCGCUUCUGCCUGGACUCGGCCAUGGCGCUGGACGGACUGGACUCUUCUCGCAUGCUGCUCAUCAGCCCCUGCGAAAUGGGCGCACCCACGCAACGCUGGGACCUCCCCUUCUCCUGACCCAAGAUGGCCGCAGGUGUAUGCGCGCCAAACUAGACCGUGCAUGUUGUAGCAGAAGCCGAGUGAUGAGUACUACCUGCGUGUCCCUGUGCGAGUUUUGUGCCACGCACAAAGAACUGUAUUGCAACCUUUUAUAGUGGUAA